CCCUUCACGAACACCUCGACGCAUUCGGACACGAGGUCGUGACGUCAUGGAUGUCCUCAGUGGCGUCGGGUGAACAUUUGUUCCCGCUAAAAGAGUCGCAGGAAUUUGGCUUUUUCUCGUCGAAAUCAUCACGUAACGAAGAUAGAGAUGGAUGCAGACGGAGACGGGGGCGAGGAGGGCCUUGCGGCAGCUGCUGGGGCUUGGACGACGGCCACCUACCAGACUCAGGGGCUCAGCAACGUUGUACACAUUAUUGUACCAGAUCUUACCUGCAUACCUCAAGGCCAGCCCAGUGAUGCCCUAGCCACUGCAUUUAGUGAGGUUGCAAACAGUGGGGGUUUGGUUGGCCAUGAGGACCCAGGGUCAGCACAGGGGGUUAAGGAUUCCCUUGCUGCCCUUGCAGCUGCAGCAGAACUUGACCAAGUGCGGAACGAUGUUGCUGCAGUGGAACACAUGAUGGAGGAGACAAAAUACAGCCAUCUUGGCAAUAGUGGGGAACAACAAGGUGUUGCUGUAAUGCCAGAGGACACAGAUGGAUUGCAUCAUAGUGUGGUCGUGAACCUUCCUAUUGAGGAAAAGACGGUUGCCAUGGUACCGCUGCCCCUUGCCCCAUUCCUUCAGCCCGAGGAUCCAGACGCCACCUUUUACAAUGAAGUCUAUCACUACCUUAGGUCUGGGUCUUUCCCUGAAGGAGCAACAGACACGUAUAAAAAGGCGAUCAGGAAAAGAGCUACAAAUUAUCUGAUAAAUGAGGAAGGAAGAUUAUCAUAUGGCCACAAGAUGCCCAAAGAAGUCAUCACAAGCGCAGAAAAACAAAGAAGCAUAAUUGAAUCUGAACAUGUUGACCAUGCAACGGGUGUACAUUUUGGAGUGAAGAAGAUGUAUAGUAGUAUUUUUAGUAAGUACUAUUGGCGCACCAUCUAUGUUGAUGUUGGCAACUACUGUAGGCGAUGUGAAAAGUGCACGGAAGUUGCUGUGUCCAGUUUUCGUGAUCUUGUCCCAGGAGAGCAAGGGGAAGAUUCACUAGGGGAUGAAAUAAACCGUGUCACAACGCUGCCUACUGAUCGCAUAAUCCGAGUUUGGAAAAAGGUCCAGAUUAAAAUUCAUGGCCCAUACAAUAGAACAGUGUAUGGGAAUGAAAUGCUGUUGACGAUUAUUGAUCCCUUUUCAAAGUGGAUCGUGGCUCAGGCUAGUACGGAGGCUGGGCUGGAAGUUCACUGUGCCAGAUUUAUCUUUGAUACUUUCUGUCAGUAUGGCUUUGCACAAUGCCAUGUUGUUGGAAUGACUUCAGAAAUGUUUGAAAGGAUGCAAGCAUGUUACAAGGAGAAGUUUGAUAGUGCUCAAGAUGUUUUAAGAACCCUGGUCCCCUUCGAUUCAGAAGAUGCCCAGCAAAGUUUCCUCUUCACUCUGCAGGAAGAGUCGCAUGAAUGUGCUUGGGCAGGUGAAAUGUUGGACCAUUUUUGCAACGAGAACCCAACAACGUGGGAUCAGGAAGUGAACAGAUACCUCUUCCAGUUCCGAACUACAGCAACGUCACUUGGCGGAGUCACACCUUUUAAUGUCAUGUUUGCUCGUAACCCAACAGGGUAUGUUAGUGAGGAAGAGAAAGAAAACAUCAACAUUCUGGAAGAAGAGAAAGCCCUUGAAGUUCCUGCCAAAAGACGACGGCUGCAGAGUUCAACGCUUCAGUGUCGCCAUUGCCAUGAAACCUUCACAAGCAAGAUCAGUUUCCGCAUACAUCAGCGUAAGCACACAGAGGAAGCUCGGAGAAGAGGCACUCUCGACGGCGAAGAGCCACUCAGACCGGUUUUGCAGGAAAAGAAGCCACAGCCACGGAAAAUCCUAACGAGGAAAAGGAGGAGGCCAUUUGGGAGAGGUCCAGAACGACUUUUAACGCUGGCCUCAUCUGAUUGGUCAGACCAGCAGAAGGACAGUGUUCCCCAUGAUGAAAACAGACAGCAGCUCACUCGUAAUACAGUAGUAGCUGUCAAAGCACUCCUGAAUGCAACAAAGGAAGAAAGAAGUAAAAGAGGGAAAUAUAUUAAAUACACACCAGAAUUACGUGAUGAAAUAGCCCAGUAUGCGCUGACACAUGGAAAUCAUGAAGCUACUGUGUAUUGGUCGCACAGACUUGGUGGUACAGUGAGUGAAAGUACAAUCAGGAACUUCAUUAAAACCUAUAAAAGCUAUACUCCAGAAGUGAAAGAAGAAAUAGGGAAAUUUGCUUUUCAGUAUGGUGUAGAAGGGGCAUCAAGACAUUUUUCUGAGAAAUUAGGUCAUGAAGUUAGAAAAGGCAUUGUAAGAAAAUUUAAAAAGAAUUAUUUAAAGAAAUUUCCAGAGAUGGAUGACAUAACUAGUGAUCUUCAGGUUGGUACUAGUGGAAGACGAGUGAAUUUAACCGGAACAUCUGCAAGGCAAAAGAGGUCAUUUUCUCUUCAAAUGAAAGAUGAAAUUGGAAGAUAUGCAACCCAGUUUGGUAUCACUGCUGCAAUACAACAUUAUUCUGAAAAACUUCAGUUCCCAGUGAAAGAGUCCACAGUGCGAAAAUUUAAAAAACAGUUUGUAGACCGUGGCAAUGUUAGUAAUGCUGUUAGUGGUGCAAAUACUGGGGAAAACACAGGUGUUGUGGGUACAGGCACUGUUUUAACAGAUCAACAAGCAGCAGCCCCUCAGACUAUUGAUGUCUUACACCCAUCCCUUUCUGUACUCAAUGCACCAGCGGUAUCAGGGACAGUAAAUGUAAGCACAGCUAAUAAUUUUGUAUACCAGCAUCCCUAUCACCUCAAUAUGACCCCAGGACCACAAACAAAUACAGUACUUCCAAUGAAUCAUAAUUCUUUAGCAUUCCAUCAAGGCAGUGUAAUCAACCAGGGCAUGACAGCUUCCCUUUCAUAUCAGCAACCAGGAACUGCACCUGCAUCCUCUGUAAUUAUGAACCAGAGUUUCACUCAUCAAGCUCCAACAGGUUUCCAGCAGGGUUAUGUGGGUGGCUUUGCCCAAGGGGGAGGGACGGGUGGCUCAGUAACUCAUGGAGGGCAGAUAGCCCCUCUGGCUGUGACACACACUAGUGUAGCUGCAACCAGCAUGGCACAUUCUCCAUUACCACUUACCAUGAGUGGGGCUCCAGCCACACAUUUGUCUCAACUAGCUCAUCACACAGUUGGUCCUCCCAUUAGCCAGGCUCACCUAACUCAGGCACCUGCAGUGCCACACACAGUAACUAAUGGAGGUCAGCAUCCCACUCAUCACCAGCUCAUAACAACAUCAUUCCAUCAACCCCUAAGUGGGUCACUAAACUUUGAGGGAACUCUCCAUGCACAUACUCAGGCUAGUUUGAACAAUGAACCCAUCAGCCUCAUGAAAGAAACACAUGACCAAGGUGCUGGAGUCAGCUUAGGAGGUCAAGGAGAUGAUAGCCUUCAUGGAUCUGCUGCUGCUGAAGCUGCUGCCACUCAGCAGAGCUUAGCACACAUGGGUGAACAAGCAGCACCAUCAGAUGCUCCAGAUUCAAUUUUGGGCCUGGAGACUGAGGAUGAGUACAGUGAUCCACCCACACCAAAGAAGAAGAAAUCAAGAAGUAGCAUUAAGGUGAAAAAGGAGGUUGUUGGGUUAAGUAAGAGAGGAAAUUAUGCUUCCUACAGUCCAGAGCUCCGUGCCGAAAUUGGAAGAUACGCUGUAGAGCAUGGCAAUUUAGCAGCAGUGCAACAUUUUAAAGAAAAAUUAGGGUUUGAGAUACCAGAGAGUACAGUAAGAGGCCUAAAGGACAAAUACUUAAUAAAAAGAGUGAGAGGAAAGAAGGAAGUCAUUUCAAUAGGCUUUGCGCAGAGGGGAAGACCAAUGAGAUUAGGAAAAUAUGAUGAAAUUGUCCAAGACUGCAUCAGAGAGCUGGUCAAAGAUGGAGAAAAGGUAUCAUCAUUCCUUGCAAUUGCCACUGCCAAACAAGUGCUUAUGCAAUAUGAUCCCAACUUAUUAGAAGAGAAUGGAGGACCUGUCAAGUUGAAUCCUACGUGGGCUAAAAGUUUCCUGAAGCGCAUUGGACUGCACCAGCUUGCUUAAAAUCAAGCCCUUCUUAGUUUUGGCAAUAAGUGCAGUAUUUUUUACAACAGGAACUGCAGAAAAAAAAAAAAAAAAAAAAAAAAGUUCAUUGUCUAGUGGGUUACCACAUCAAAGCCUUUUCUUCAGGAUGCAAACAUUUAGGAUUAUGAAAAAACUGACAGAGACUACCUCUUGAUACUACCUCUUCUAUGAAGUGCACAAGAUUGGUUGUAAAAAUUACAUGGUAAGCAUUUUUUGCAUUCCUUAUGUUUUAUUUGCACACACAAUUUUAAGAAAUCUCAGGAGCUGCUAAUUAGAACCUUAUCUCAGUUUGGAAAAGCCACAGUUUGUGGACAUAUUACGGGUUAACAGAGAUCUGUUAUUAUCAUGCUAUGUUAAAUUAUUUGAUAAUUUUAUAAUCUUCAUUUGGCUGCUAUUAGUGGAUCACAAUCAGAAAGAAUGUAUUCUGGCAUUGUUUUAAAUGCAGUGGAUGAUAAAGAAUUGUAUAGCUAUUGUCAUUUCCUUCUGACCAUGGUCUUGCUGUGCACAUUGAUCUUGAGAAGACAAUGUGGCCAGGUACAAUAUGCCUUUCAAUAAUCUAUGUGGCAGACAGUGUAAGCCGUUCUGUACUUUGCAAGGUCAUGGUUAUUUAUAUUUUUCAUAUAGGAAAUAGUAACAUAGUUACACAUUUUGGAAAGUAAAUAGAAAAUUGUAUUUUAAUCAUAGUUUUUAUGAUUGUAUUUUAAUCAUACUUUAUAUAACAUCAGACCACAUCUUGGCAUGUGUAAUUUUACAUCAUGUAAUGAUUAUGGUUGCAAUGAGCAGCUGCUGCUCAAGUGAUAUGUUGGUUCAUAUGUAAAUUAAAGGUUAUACAAUAAUGUUAAUGAUACUGAAGAA